AUGUCCCAAACAUCACUCAGCUGUAGUCUACACGCUACAGUAAAUGCAUUAAAUAACGUGAUGGACAAUUGGAUUCGAUUUCCAACAACUGCUGACAGAAUUCAACACAUCAAAGAAGGAUUUUUCAGGGCUGGUGGUUUUCCUGGCGUGAUUGGGGCAAUUGAUGGGACGCACAUUGCCAUAUUUCCACCUGAAGUGGAAAGGGAACAUUUGUUUAUCAACCGGAAAUCGUAUCACUCGCUAAAUGUAUUAGUUGUUUGUGAUUCCACAUGUGAAAUAUUGGCUGUAAAUAGUUCUCAUGGUGGGCGGACGCACGAUUCUCGAGUUUUACGAUCCUCAAGAAUAUUCACUCAUUUAGAACAAAGAUACGCAGGAGGAGAAAGAGAUUUCUGGCUUCUAGGUGAUUCUGCAUAUCCGCUCCAACCGUUUCUGCUAACGCCAAAGUUAAAUCAAGAGGAAGGAACUCCAGGCGCAAGAUAUACGGAUCACCAUGCUCGGACUCGUGUCGCUGUAGAAAGAUGUUUUGGCAUUGUAAAGGGUCGCUGGCGUUGUCUACGGAAGGAACGGGCUUUACACUAUUGUCCACAAUUUGCUGCGCUCAUUGUAAACGCCUGUUGCGUUUUACACAAUAUGGCUAUGAGACGGGGGAUUCCGUAUGAGGAAGUUCAUCUGGAUGAAAUGGACCUUGCGCCACCGAUACCACACAAUGACGUCCAGGAAGAACAGGGAGUACAAACCCGAAAUCGCGUGAUUCAGUUAUUUUUUACUAAUUAA